CCGGGAGAGGUGCGUUGGCUUCCCUUCCCUCGCGGCAGAGGUGCUGGCUGCGCGGGGAGGAGAACGAGCCGGUGAGCGGCCGGCUGAGACGCGCCGGGCGGAUGCAGCCAGGAGGAGCCUUUCCCAGGUCUGCAUUGGCACUGUUUGCUUCCUGGUGGUUUGACCUGAGGUUUCUUAGCGUCAAGGCAGGACUUCCCAGAGCACCAAAAUGGCUGAGGAGCAAAAGGCGCUGGCAGACUGAGUCACCAAAGAGCACAGAUGCUGCUUAACUGCCCCUGAGCAGAGGCAAUACCCUGGCGCUGGUUGUCUAUGGAUAUCUCUUCCCUGUAAGAGUUAGGCUGAGGCGAGGACAGCUCUGAUGCUGCUCGUCCCUGCCUCCCAUUUGCUUUCAGUGGCAGUUCUGUGUGAAAAGCGGGUGAUGUUUUGCUUGUGGAUGCUGCCUGAAGUCACUUCCCCUGGUGUAAAACUCAUGAACAAUUCCUAACUCUUACCAAAAAUAUCAGCUGCUUUGGAUGCUUUCUCUACCUCAACCUCUCCUAGUGCUUAUAUUGCUCCAAAGGUAGUUUCUAACUCCUCGGUUCUCAUCUGGGAAAACGUUUCCUGUGUAAAAGUUGCAGGCAAGUACCUGGCUCAACGAUGAGCGCUGUUGAGUGCUAGCAGAGCUCUAGAGAAGUGUGCACUGGAUAAUUGCCUUCAUUUGGGGGAGUGAAGGGGAUGAUCAGUAUUUGGCUCUGGCAAAGACCUGUAGGAGGGCUCUUAAUUUCCCAGCGAGCCAGUGUUUGGGAGAGCAGUGCAUGCACAAUAUUUUGGAAACAAACAGACGGCUUGUUGGGACUUGAAUGGCAAAAAGCAUGCUUGGAGAUGGUGAGGCAGGACUACCUUGGUGGUGCUUUGGAGAGCAGGAAGCUGAUGUGUCUGAGGUGUGGCAAGGCGGGGGGGAUGCCCAUGGCCACAGGGGCACCCACCAGCUCUCUGGUGCUGCCUCUGCUGCUGUCGCUUAUCAAGGCUAGCGAAGCCUCUGAGCAGCUCCUGGUUUGGAGGCUGUAUUGGUGACACCUGGAAGCAGGUCCUGCCGGGAAGGGGUGGGUUUGCGCUACACCAAGGGUGCUCUGUGCCGGUGUGGAGGAUGGCAGGUUGCCAAUGGGCUCCUUCAAGCACAGGGCUGGAGCACUCUGGGUGUCUGCACCCUCUGCUUUAAGGCUGUUUAUAUACUCUAGCUCUCUGUCCAUCUCCUUAAAAACUUGCUAGUGUCCUGAACACCACUGAAAUGUGUCUUUAGCUGCUGCGCUAGCAGGAAUGCUUUGAGGGAGCAGUGAAACUAAGAGCAGUGAAGGCAAACCUGGUGCCAGCUCACACCUCCAUAGAUGCAGUAAGCUGCAAAGCUCUUUACUGUGAACAUGGCUGCAGCAGCAGUCGGUUCUCCAAGGACUGUUCUGCUGUGUUUGCCUUGCUGGCAGCUACCAAAACAGGCUCAGCUCAGGCCGUGCCAGCGUGUGUUCACCCAUGCACAAGCACAUUGGGCUCCAGCUUGGUCAGUUGUGCAUAGGGCAAGGAAAGGGGGAUAAACGUCUACGUCCUGGAGCGUGAGCUGAGAGCAGCUGCUUUUGCCCUGCUCUGUGGCUUCUGCUGAAUGUCCUGCAGCAGCACCCAAGUCACCUGCUGGUGUGACCGAUAAUGGCCAUGACCCCUCAUGAAGGGUUAAAACAAGUCCAGCACUUGCUUCUUCAGCCUGUCUGCAUUACCUCAGUCUUGGCUGGGUCACAGCUCUUCUCCAAGCCCUGAUGGAUUUGAUAAAUGUCUUCAUCGUGUGCUAACUCUUACUCAUUUUAAUCCAAGUGUUAGUUUGUAGGCUGGAGCUCAAACCAAGGGAGUGGGCAGCUUGUUCGUGGGUCUACGGCGAUGCUCAGCUGGCUUUCAAAACACACUGGCCUGGCUCUUGGCCCGAAUCUGUGCAGGGCUGGAGCCAGAUAGGAAUGAUUUGUAGGGAGUUAAAACCUAAAACCUGCCUCUCAUUUUAGGACAGCGUGAAGGUACUGAGGCUCACUCUGCCAAACGACGUCCCGGGCGAUAGACAGGAGCAGGUGAAGCAGAAGCCAGUAGGAAAGGCCUUCGCCAUGGUGGCCAACAGAUUGAGCAAUAGUCACUCCCUGGCGUCUGAAUGUAUCAAAUCCAACGACGGUGAUGAAGAGAUCAUUAAGGUUUAUCUCAAAGCAAGGGCUGAGGGCAGUGUGAAUCAUGAAGAACAUGUCAACCAGCUGAAAAGUGAAGUUCGUUACCUUCAAGAGGCUAGAAGUUCUUUGAAGAAGCUGCGGGAAGACUUAAGUAGUAAACUUGAGAACAGACAAGGAGAUAAACAGCCUGCACAGGUCGUGUUGGAAAAGCAGAACGGAAGCUGGCUCUACCCAGAGAGGCUACGUGCCGAUUCCUGGGAGGAUCAGGAAGAGGAUUACUCAGGAGAUGACGUGGAGAAAGUCCGGCAGACGGCAAAGAGGCUGUUUGCAAAGCUGCAGGAGGCCGAGAAGCGCCAUCAGUUGGAGAAGGCGGCCUUUGAGCGGACAGUCUCGCAGUACCAGGAGGAAGUGGAGCAAACAAGCUCUGCCCUGCAGAGAGCAGAGAAGAAUGUGGUGGAAAAGGAGGUGCAGGUGGAUGAGCUACAGAGACUCCUGGCAGGGAUGGAAAAGGAGCACAGGAGUUUGCUGCUGAAGAUGAAAGAAGGUGAAGCCGAGCUGGCGAGGCUGAGAAGUGUGGAAGGUGACAAGCUCGCCGAACAAGACCGGUCAGCCAAGCUGGAGAAGGAGGUGGCCAUGCUGCGGGAGAAGAUACACCAUCUGGAUGACAUGCUGAAAAGCCAGCAGCGCAAAGUACGCCAGAUGAUCGAGCAGCUCCAGAACUCCAAAACGGUGAUUCAGGCCAAAGAUGCUGUGAUCCAGGAGCUCAAGGAGAAGGUCGCUUACUUGGAGGCUGAGAAUCUGGAGAUGCAUGACCGUAUAGAGCACUUGAUCGAGAAGCAAGUCAGUCACGGUGGCCACAGCUCCAGGGCACGCUCAAAAUCGGAGUAUGUGAGCAGCAAAAGGGUGACGGGCCCCAAGCCACUGCCUCUCAUUCGAGUGGUGGAAACAUGAGUUUCGAGGGCUGAUCCGAGCUGAAGACUCUCCCCUUGUUAUCACUGACUGGACUUCCCUGCUUGGCUGCCAUGCUCUGGCCUCUGUGCUCAGUCUCCCCAGACCAGUCAGCGGAGGGCAGUGCCCCUGGAGAACUGUGGUACCCAGGGGCAGACAUUGCCGGGGAGGUCCUGGCAGAGGAAGGAGGUUUAUGAAGUGUCCACUCUGCUGUCCCCCGCUGGGCCCCAGGGUCAUGUGGAUGUCAGUUUGGUGGAGACUGGCUAGGAAGGCUGAGACCAGCUGGCCCUGGUGUGUACAAGGCACCUCUCUAGCUGGAGAGCCCAGCUUGCUUUCCCUGGUCAGUCCUGGGUUUGCCUGGGUUGCUCUGUGAGCAGCCGUUGCUUCUGAAGGGCCCCGUAUGAAUGGAGCCCUCUCUUCAGAUUUCUGCUUGCCACCAUGGACUUGGGGUUUAAUUUUGUUUUUAAUUCACUCUUACAAAGAAGAAAUCCUCCUGAAACCGGACUCCUUCCUGUAACAAAGCUCAAUGGGUGACAAUUCAGGAGCCUCCACCUCUGAUCUCCAGCACAUCCGGCUGCUCCAGAUUUGGCAAAGGUUCACAUGGCCAAAAUCAGUGUAUUGACAUGCUUUUCCCAGUCCCUUUCUCAUGAGGGUAGAGAAAUUGUACCCAGUGUACAUGUGUAGUGUUUAAACCCAGAGGCUGUUUAGUUUGUACCUGUAUUUAUUUCAAUAAAUUAUUGGUGUCUUCCAAUGAUGUGGUGACAGGCAUGAUUGCUGCUGUCUGACUCCAAGGGAGCAUAUUUGAGGACUGCCUGUCCCAUGUUUGAACUGGAAAAUACCAAGCAGCCUCCUCUGGGCUUGUGAGGUUAUGAGCUUGUCCUGUGUGUGUGUGUGUGCGCCUGUGCUUAGUAAAGGAGCUUGGGUAAAUCCAGAGGAAUGCUGUUAGCAUUUGUACUGACCAGAGAGGUGAGACAACAUGCUGUAAACGUGCCUCACAACUGUUAAUACCAAAAACAUGAAGGUCUUAAUUUGUC